CGGCGGCAGCAGCGAAGGAGUUCGGAAGUUCAAAAUGGCCGCCGCGGCCGAGCCCGAGCAGCGACCGCCCCACCCCUCCUUCCAGCCCUCGAAAUGACUGGCAAGUCCCGGCUCCCGUUGGGAAGCGAAGAUCGAGCUGCCGCCUCCCCGCCGGAACGGGGCUCCCGGGCGUGCGUUUCCCAGGCGCCCCGGGUUGAGGAUGCUGAGGCAUCCGAGAAAAGUGUGAAUGAGGAAAAUGGGGAAGUGUCAGAGGCAGACCAACCUCAGAACAAGCACAGCCGACACAAAAAAAAGAAACACAAACACCGAAGUAAACACAAGAAACAUAAACAUUCUUCAGAAGAUGAUAAGGACAAAAAACAUAAACACAGACACAAACAUAAGAAACAUAAAUGGAAAGAGGUGGCUGAUGCCUCUGACAAAGAAGAUGGACCAGCUAAAAGAACUAAAAUUGAUUUUUUGGCUCCUCUGGAAGACUUAGAGAAACAAAGAGCAUUGCUGAAAGCUGAACUUGAAAACGAAUUAAUGGAAGGAAAAGUCCAGUCUGGGAUGGGAUUAAUAUUACAAGGUUAUGAGUCAGGAUCUGAAGAAGAGGGGGAGAUUAAUGAAAAAGCACGAAAUGGAACAAGACCUACAACAAAGUCAAAUACUAAGGGGAAAUUAGAACCUGUGGACAAUAAAACUAGUUCCAAGAAAGCGAGUAAGAGUGAAUCAAAAGAAAGGACUAGGCACAGAUCUGACAAAAAGAAAGCCAAGGCAGGAGUUGAUGGAGUCAAAGAGAAGACUACUAGGAGCAAGUCAAAAGAAAGGAGGAAAUCCAAAAGUCCUUAUAAGAGAAGUAAGUCUCAAGAUCAGACAAGGAAAUCUCGGUCUCCAAUACUUAAGAGGAGAUCUCAGGAGAAAAACAGAAAGUCUAAGUCUCCUCCAGAGGAUAGAAGUAAGGCUGAUGAUAAAAGUAAAUCAAGAGACCGCAGAAAGUCUCCAGUUGUAAAUGAAAGCAAAAGCAGAGAUCGUGGUAGAAAAUCUAAAUCUCCAGCAGAACUAAGAAGCAAAUCCAAAGAUAGAAGAUCACGGUCCAAAGAUAGAAAACCUAGGAGAUCAGAGACUGACAAAGAAAAAAAGCCAAUUAAAUCUCCUUCUAAAGAUGCUUCUUCAGGGAAAGAAAACAGGUCCCCUAGACGACCUGGCCGUAGCCCGAAAGGGAGAAGCUUAUCUCCCAAACAGCGUGAAAAGUCAAGAAGAAGCAGAUCCCCUCUUUUUAACGAUCGUAGGUCUAAGCAGAGUAGAUCCCCCUCUCGAACCCGGUCUCCGGUUAGAAGAGUGAGGAGUAGAUCUGCAGAAAGAAAAAGAAGAGAAUCAGAAAGGAGGCGUCUGUCUUCUCCCAGAACACGGACCAGGGAUGACAUUUUGUCUAGGCGUGAAAGAUCCAAGGAUGUCAGCCCACCCAGCAGAUGGUCCCCAUCCAGAAGAAGGUCUCGGUCCCCCAUUAGGAGGAGAUCUCGAACACCCCUUCGACGUAGCCGAUCUCCCAGAAGGCGGAGUAGAUCUCCUCGAAGGAGGGAUAGAGGCCGGAGAAGUAGAUCUCGCCUUCGAAGGAGGUCCAGGUCACGUGGCGGCCAUAGACGUAGGAGCAGAAGCAAAGUUAAGGAAGACAAAUUUAAAGGUAGUCUUUCUGAGGGCAUGAAAGCUGAACAGGAGUCUUCAUCAGAUGAAAAUCUUGAAGACUUUGAUUUGGAAGAAGAGGAUGAAGAAGCAGAGAUAAGACAAAGGAGAUUACAGCGGCAAGCAAUUGUUCAGAAAUACAAAGGCCAGACAGAAGACAGUAACAUAUCUGUACCAUCUGAACCAAGCAGCCCUCAAAGUAGUACACGGAGUCGCUCAAAUUCUCCCGACGACAUCCUAGAAAGAGUUGCUGCUGAUGUGAAGGAGUAUGAAAGGGAAAAUGUGGACACAUUUGAGGCAUCAGUGAAAGCCAAGCACAACCUCAUGACAGUUGAACAGAACAAUGGUUCAUCUCAGAAGAAGCUGCUAGCUCCCGAUAUGUUCACAGAAUCAGAUGAUAUGUUCGCUGCAUACUUUGAUAGUGCUCGUCUAAGGGCUGCUGGCUUUGGAAAAGACUUUAAAGAAAACCCCAAUCUCAGGGAUAACUGGACAGAUGCAGAAGGCUAUUACCGUGUUAAUAUAGGUGAAGUUCUAGAUAAACGUUACAAUGUCUAUGGUUACACUGGUCAGGGCGUCUUCAGCAAUGUAGUGCGAGCCAGGGACAUGGCCAGAGCAAACCAAGAAGUAGCCGUGAAAAUCAUCAGGAACAAUGAACUUAUGCAAAAAACUGGCCUAAAAGAACUGGAAUUUUUAAAGAAGCUCAACGAUGCUGAUCCUGAUGACAAGUUUCAUUGUCUGCGGUUGUUCAGGCAUUUCUACCACAAACAACAUCUCUGUCUGGUAUUUGAGCCGCUCAGCAUGAAUUUACGAGAGGUGUUGAAGAAGUAUGGGAAAGACGUUGGACUCCACAUUAAAGCUGUGCGUUCCUAUAGCCAGCAAUUGUUCCUGGCUUUAAAACUUCUUAAAAGAUGCAAUAUCCUACAUGCAGAUAUUAAACCAGAUAAUAUUUUGGUGAACGAGUCUAAAACCAUUCUAAAGCUUUGUGAUUUUGGCUCAGCUUCACAUGUCGCAGAUAACGACAUCACACCUUAUCUAGUCAGCAGAUUUUAUCGAGCUCCAGAAAUCAUUAUAGGAAAAAUCUAUGACUAUGGUAUAGAUAUGUGGUCUGUAGGCUGCACAUUAUAUGAGCUUUAUACAGGAAAAAUACUGUUUCCUGGCAAAACCAAUAAUCAUAUGUUGAAACUUGCCAUGGAUCUCAAAGGAAAGAUGCCAAACAAGAUGAUUCGAAAAGGUGUGUUCAAAGAUCAGCACUUUGAUCAAAAUCUCAACUUUAUGUAUAUAGAAGUAGAUAAAGUGACGGAAAGGGAGAAAGUUACUGUUAUGAGCACCAUUAAUCCAACCAAGGACCUAUUAGCAGACUUGAUUGGGUGCCAACGACUCCCUGAAGACCAGCGUAAAAAAGUGCACCAGCUUAAGGACUUGUUGGACCAGAUUCUAAUGCUAGACCCAGCUAAACGGAUUAGCAUCAACCAGGCUCUGCAGCACCCCUUCAUCCAGGAGAAAAUUUAAACCAGAUGAAGAAGUUCAAAGGGUUUGAUUAAUUAAGAUACAAAGACUGAAGAAAUUUCACAGCAGUUAUUAAUGUAUAUAAACAUAAAUAUUUCCCCUGCAAAGUUGAGGAAGAAAUGAUACAUUUGAAUUAACAUCAAGGCUGAUAUUUCUUUUAGAAAUGUUAGAGUAAUUCUGUUUUGUGUCUUAUGUGAAAAUUUUCACUGUAGAACUGUUUUAAUUGCCAAGACUGCACAAAAGUACAAUGCUAAUGUAUAUGGUUGCAGUUCGUAUAUAUUAUAAAAAGAAAAAAGCAUCUGUUAAAAAAAAAAAAAAAAAAAAAAAAAGAAAGAAAAAAAAAAAGAGAGAAGUAAUACUGGGUGGUUGAUUUGUUUUUAGCAGACUUGGCUUCAUUUUUCUCUUUACAAAAUGGCCAGCAUAAAUGCUGUUUAUAUUCACAUUUUCCUAGGUGUGUGUGUGCAGGCCACAGCAGCAUGCCCUUGGUGUAGUCAGUGCCGAAGGGGGUCUGUUCCUUCUUGAGCCUGCCCGCAGGGAUGGUCUCCUCUUUUAAAGCAGGUUGUGUACAACUUUCAGUACACUGAAGGUAAGCUAACCCAUCAACAUCACCGGUGUUUAAGCUGUUAUUUUACUGGAACAACUGACAAAUGAGAGACAAUAGCAUUGUGGCAGAAUUCCCUGCAUGUUUGAGAAAUGAUCUUGUUUUAUUUUCUGGCAUUGCAACCGUGGCAUAGUUACAACUUCUGUUCUGUUCAUCACAUUUAAAACUGGGAGAGAGCGCACUUGAUGGAUAGAGCGCCUUCAGUGUACUGUUUCUUAUUACUUUAGUUUUUUUAAUCAACUUGCUAUAGACUUUGUAUACAUUUUGUUAAAUACAGUUCACUAUGACAUAGAACCAAUACUUACAGAAGAGUUUUCAUUUAGUAAUUACAUAUGUUGGGAUCUCAUUCGAAAGACCUUAUAUCUAAAGGAUAGAUAGACAACAUAAUGAAAUUUUUAACUAUUUGUAUGUCAUUUUGAAAGUGUACUGCUUUAUGCUAAAAUUGUUUCAUUUGUUCAUUGUUUUCAUUAUUUGUGAUCAUGUUGUCUUUCAAUACAGGCAUAAACCUUCCACUCUUGAACAAAGCAGCUGCUUUUUAAAAGCGGUAAUUGCUUCUUUACCUUUUAUUUCUUUUGUAAAUGAAGCUUUUCUUUAAGAAAUGUGACUUUAAAGUGUUGUCUCUUGCAUAAAACAGUUGACACUUACUUAUUGUAAAGUGAAGAUUGUUCUGCUGCAUGUAAAGUGGACCAUGCAGAUUUCUGUAUGUUUUCAGUAUGCAUCAUUAGAUAAUAAAGUCUUUUGUGAACAAGGCA